GAAGGCAGGGGCCUCGACGACCUGAUCCCCGGACACAGCGGCUGGCUGUUGGGACAUGGAAUGUCACUUCGCUGGGGGGGAAGGAGCCUGAGCUUGUGCGGGAGGUUGAGAGGUACCGGCUAGAGAUAGUCGGGCUCACCUUCACGCAUAGCUUGGGCUCUGGAACCCAGCUUCUCGAGAGGAGCUGGACUUUCCACUUCUCUGGAGUCGCCCAUGGUGAGCGGCGGCGGGCUGGUGUGGGCUUGCUUAUAGCUCCCCAGCUCAGCCGCCAUGUGUAGUGGAUUCUGAAUUGUCAAAAAAAGUCCUCUCCGAGAAUCACUUCAUUUGUUUCUCCCAGCCCUGCUUAAAGUGCUGAUGACACGUUUUUGACAUCUUUGGCGAUGUUUUAUAACAUAAAAAGUAAUUCCCGAUGAUCCAUAUAUUAAUUCACGAAGGCGUCUAUUUUACAAGUUAUGAUAAAAAACGCGGCUAUUUGGGCAAAUUUGACGGAGCUGCAGCACCCAGGAGACGAAAGAGGAGGAGGAGCCAUAUGACGUCAGCGAAAGAAUCUUCCUCCUAACUUACCAGUUUGUUGUUGAUGCGACAGGUGUUCAGUUUAUCAUUAUUAGUAUUAUUAUUAUACAUUUUAUAUAUAUAUAUAUAUAUAUAUAUAUAUAUAUAUAAAAUUAGUUUUAUUAUGCCUUCGCAUUGUGUUGCCGGCUUUUGCUCCAAAACCCACAAGGAUGGGGUAAGUUUAUUCAAGUUUCCCAGAGGUCCCGAGCUGCAUGCGAAGUGGGUGAAGCAAGUCAGGCACACUCGUGACAAGUGGGAGCCCUCACCAACAUCCGUCCUGUGCUCUGAACACUUCGAUUUGGAUUGUUUUGACACCCUUCCCAGCUUUUAAAGAAUCUCUUGGGUGUUCAGUUCAGCACAAACGUGUGUUGCUACCAUCAGCAGUGCCUACAGUAUUCUGGAGGGGGUCUACUAGUAGCUAUGCCGGAUCCAGCAGUCGCCUGGGACAAGGUGACUCCUCCAAAGACAGUCCUCCUGUCAGAACAUGUGUUGAGAAACGACAUAAGAUAAAGGUACGUAGAGCUAUAGAGUGCUCUGACAUGAUGCUAAAAAUAGUAACACUGCGGUCUGCGCGGCCAUCUUGGAAGUGACUCGCUCCAGAGCGCUCAUAGAGUACACAUCAUAGAGUACACAUUCAUGAUAAUCAUAAAUGUAAUCAUAAAGUCGGCGUGAUAUCAGUCAUGUAUUUGCUUGUGAAAGCUUGCGGCUUUCAUGUAACUGCCGCCUAGCAAUGAGAAGCAAAGGGUAAAGAGGGUAGGCUAUCAUAGAUUCUAUUCGGAAGAGAUCAAUACAUGAUUGCUUAAAAAUUAGGUAUUUUAACAAUUUGCAUCUGUUUUGUGAUUAUCGUGACACUUGUGUGUUAUAUAGAACUGUAUGUCUUAUCAGCACAUCGAGGAUCUUCCACCGGAGGCUUUAGCAAGUACUCGUAGCAACACUACACUUUACCCUUUGCCAUGCGUUGUUAGGGAACGGUAGCAAGUACCCCGAUGACCGACUUCAAGAAUAUGUAGAAAAAAUUUAGAAAUUAUACUUUCCAAAAGUCAUUUGAGCUUAGUGUAUUGCAUUUCCAUUUAUAUUGUAGGUUCUUGCUGAUGUUUUUGCGGAGUAUGACGCAGCUGCUGAAUCAGAAGCUGCAGAGUUUGUAUGUACUAGUUGUGAACAUUCACAUUAUUAUCAAUCUCAUUUAUUUAAAAUCAGAUAAAAUCAUGCCAUCAUGAUCACUGCUUAAAGUACCAGUAUUUGGUUGUUCUUUUGUUCAGAACUGUGAUGCCAGCUGCCAAGUAGACCGGCGUUUUCAUGCGCCAUUUCCAUUGAGUAGAACAGCCAGUGAACCACAGCGUGUUCUUCCGCUGAUGUCACAGCAUGGCCGCGAGCCACGGACCCAGUUUUCUUGCACUGUGCAAUUAAAAGUUGGAUAUUCGCGUAACAACAGCUUCUUUUCACAUAAUUAUAACAGAAAUCUAACAUGUUUGCCAUGUUGUAUAGUUUAUUUAAGAAAUUGCAUAGAGUCAUGUUCGUGUCAUCAGCCCUUUAAUCUUGUUAUAAUACAAACUAUUACACAUGCCUAUGUUCAUAUGUGUAUUAAUUUCCAAAAGUGCAGAUUUGAUAGUUUUUGUUUUUGUUUUUUUUUUAAUUUUGGACCCCUGUGACACAAACUUUGUACCCUGAUUGUAAAACAACCCUUAUCCUCGCGUGUGUGUGUGUACACAUACAUACAUAUAUACACACCAAGGGAGUAACUUUGAUUUUGACAUUGGUGGGGACACAAAAGUGAUCCAAGGCAGUUACCAAUAUUCGUCUGUAGGUGGCAGUAAAGGACCAUGGAUUUGUUGUAUCUAGCCUAGUAGUAGUAGUAGACCAUAAGGUGAACCCCGUUUUCGUUUUAGGUCGCUCCAACGUCUCUGAACCACAUGCUCUUUAGCUGAUAAAAAGGACCAAGUUAUGUUACACUUAUAGCAAACUUUCCGCGUCACAGAAUCACACUCGUUUUUUUAAAUCGAGACAUUUUCUGAAGAACUAUUUUCCUCAGAGCAUUGACUUCACGAGACACCACUUGACCGCGCUAAACCAAUUGCGUAGCCGAUUUACGACAACAAACUGGAAAAAUGACAGCCUGCUUGUUGUUGUCACAUGUAACCAACAUAAAGGAAUCUCCCAAAAUAUCCUUCUAAAAAGACGCAGUAUGGCUCGGCGUGUUGCUGUGAUUGGAGGAGGAAGCUCUGGACUGACCUGCAUUAAGUGUUGCUUAGAUGAGGGUUUGGAGCCAGUGUGCUUCGAAAGCAGUGAUGACAUUGGAGGACUCUGGAGGUUUAAGGAGAAUCCUGAGUCAGACAGGGCCAGCAUCUAUCAUUCAGUGAUCAUCAACACCUCAAAGGAGAUGAUGUGUUUCAGCGAUUUCCCCAUUCCUGCCCAUUUCCCAAACUAUAUGCACAAUUCUUACAUUAUGGACUACUUUCGCAUGUAUGCUGACCACUUCCAGCUCAGGCGCUACAUCCGCUUGCAGACAAAAGUACUUACCGUCAGCCCAAGACCAGAUUUUGCUCACUCUGGUCAGUGGGAUAUUGAGACAGAGGACAGGGAUGGCAAGAGAGAGAAACAUGUCUUUGACGCUGUACUUGUUUGCACUGGGCACCACUGUCACCCUCAUCUUCCUCUGAAAGACUUUCCAGGGAUAGACACAUUCAAGGGGAAAUACUUCCACAGUCGUGAUUACAAGUUUCCAGAUGAAUGGCGGAACAAGAGAGUGGUUGUGAUUGGAGUUGGUAAUUCAGGAGGUGACAUUGCUGUGGAGCUCAGCAGGGUGACCAAACAGCUUUUCCUGAGCACUAGGAGAGGCUGCUGGGUCCUGAAUCGUGUAGGAACCAAUGGUAUUCCAAGUGAUCUGAUACUUAGCAGGGUAUAUCGAAUGGCCCAUGCUAUUCUGCCCUCUGGAUUCUUGUGCAACAUGGCAGAGAAGAAACUCAAUGCGAGGUUUAAUCAUGCACUGUAUGGGCUGAAGCCAAAACACAGAUUUUUCAGUCAGCACCCCACGGUUAAUGAUGAUCUGCCAAAUCGACUUAUUUCUGGCACUAUCAAGGUAAAGCCAAAUGUGCAUGAAUUCCGUGGCUCCAGUGUCGUUUUUGAGGACGGCACUGUUGAGGACAACAUUGACCUGGUGGUGUUUGCCACAGGCUACUCCUUCUCUUUCCCCUUCCUGCAAAGCCAUUUGAUCUCGGUCAAAGAGAACAGGGCACGCCUGUAUAAGUAUGUAUUCCCUCCAGGCCUUGAAAAACCCACACUGGCUAUCAUUGGCCUCGUCCAACCUUUGGGAGCCAUCAUGCCCAUCUCUGAGAUGCAGGCUCGCUGGGCCACACGUGUCUUCAAAGGGCUUAGUAAGCUUCCAUCAAUGAGCAACAUGCUGAAAGACAUCAAAAAGAAGGAGGACUGUAUGUCUAAGAGGUAUGUAACCUCCCAGAGGCAUACCAUCCAGGUAGAUUACCUCCCCUACAUUGAUGAGUUGGCCAUGCAAAUAGGUGUGCGUCCCAACCUCCUGUGGAUAUUCCUGACUGAUCCUGGUUUGGGUUUGAGAAUCCUGUUCGGUCCCUGCACCCCGUACCAGUUUCGGCUGUGUGGGCCAGGUCUGUGGGAUGGAGCUCGUCAGGCUAUCUUCACCCAGUGGAAACGUAUUUCCCAGCCGCUGCAGACACGCAGUGCCCCAGUGCAGGAGUCACGUCGUUCCCAUCUCCCUCUGCUCCUGUCUGUGUCUGCUGCUGCUCUACUGUCAUCUGCCUACUUCAGCAGGUUCAACCUGUCUAGUUUCUUCCCAGACAUCAUGUCCUUCUUGGAGAGGCUAAAAUCUUAUCUGCCUCUGCCUGUGGUGAAACAGUGAUCACUAAUGCAGUGAUUUAUUUCAUAACAGCUCAGAGGUUCCUUCUCCUGCUAGCAUCAUAGGGCUAAGAGAGUAAGAUUACAUCAAAUAAAAUUGUCUUGAACGUUUCCUGUUAAACUUUUAAAGCCUCAGCAACAGCAUAAUGAAAUGCUUGCUAUAUAAUGAUUCACAAUUUAAAUAUCUAAGUACACAUAUUCUACUCCAUUGGAGACCAGUACUAUUGUUUUCACAUAACAGACUUAAAAGCAUCCUAUAGUGGUUCUUUACAGUGUCUUGCAAAAGUAUUCAUCCCCCUUGGUGUUUGUCCUGUUUUGUCACAUUACAAGCUGGAAUUAAAAUGGAAUUUUU